AUUAGAAUCAACACUGUUCACAAUGAAUUUCCUUGUGAUAUUCAUGUUGCUUCUUCCCGCGACAGUUUCUAGCUAUGACAUGAGAAAAAAAAUCGACUAUUGUGAGGACUGGAGUCGGAAGAUCGUUAGGUGCAGAAGGCACAUAUUGGUUAAGGGGUAUGGAGGUCCACGUAAAUUUGUAAGGAUAAUGGUUCGAAUAAGCUGGCGAAGUUUUCUGAGAAGGUACCGUUUCAAUCCUAAGUUUCCAGACCUGCACGACAUGUUCUAUAAGGUCGACCAGAGAAUUUGCCCACCCGAUAUAUUUGCCUACACCUGUUCGCUGAACAUCGCCACUUGUACUCAUACGUUUCAUAUUGGUAUGCCACUGAGGCCCUGCCGUGAGACAUGUAUGAAUUUCGCAACCGCGUGCAAGGAUAAGUACGUAUCUCCUUCACUCCAUAUGACCGUUGGAUUUCUGAGACAUAACUGCAGAUAUCUUCCGUUCUAUGACGAUAAACUUUGCAUGCAACCUGAAAGGCGUACAGGAUGGCCCUAUGAUCCUUCAUGGGAUUGGUACAGUAAGUAUUGAAUAUGUCUUACUUUGUGCUAAAUUUCCGCCUUUCUCUACACUUGUCAGUGUAAACCUUGGGAACAAUUUUUUUUGUUUGUUUUCCCCGGACCGUAGACUAGAUUUUUGAAGAUUUUUGUUUGCUCUUCCAAAAAAAAUUAGGCAGUUUAAGACUGCAUAUGGCUACUGAUAUAACAAAAUUUUUAUAGCAUUGAAAAGAAAAAAAUGAUGUAUGAUGGCGCUACAAGGAGCGUUACAGAAAACUUUUCUCACAUGCAAAACAGAAAACCUACCGCAUUCCAUUGCAAUUCCAUUUUUGAGAGACUUUUGUUUCACACAACAAGGCAUUCCGCGUCGUAGGGUAUUCCGCCAUCCCACCAUUCCACUACCGUUCUAUCUUUCCGUUUAAUAGGAUCACAUUUUUCCGCGUAGUUGAAUUUUCUGACCAGUUCCUCUGAUACAAGCUCAGUGAAAGUUCGUUGAAACAAUUUUAGCGGUCAGACAUCUAUAAGCGAUAUAUUUUGGCGCGAAAUAUGCUCAUUAUGGAGUUCUCUCGCGAAAUGUGAGUUUUCACCGUACUUGAGUCUGUCCUAACUGAUCGACAGACACGACAGAAAAAACUGUAUUCCUGCUAGCAUAAUUAUAUCUUUUAAAAGUUUGAAGUUAUCGAACCUAAAAAGGUAAACUAAAAAGAAAAAGACUCAAAAUUAUUUUUUUUCAAAAUUACAGAUAGAGAAGGUUACCAAUCAUUUUGAAUUUUGACAAUCUUGAAAUGCAAUGGUGAACUGGUAAUAAAGUAGAGGAAUAAAAAACGUGUAAAAUGGGAAAGGAAGAUCUCUGCCACAACCCCAUUUCAAUAUUGUAACAAACAUUCCCUCAGAAGCGAAAAAAUUUCUGCAUGUCUAGUUUUAUACAAUGAAGUUUGGUUGUCAUUUAUACUAAUUAUUUUAAAUUUUCUUAAUUUUCAGUAAUACGUAAUUUUACGAAAGAUUUUUAUGAAGCCUUCUUUAGAAGCCAAUACACUUUUGGUGAGUCAUCCUUGAUAUACAUAUUUCAAAAACAAUAGUUAUCAUUAACAUAUACUUCACAGGUGAAUAGUGCUUUCCUCACGCACUAAUCGGUUGGCUCGGAAGUCAUUAGCUAGUAUCUUUCAAAUCAAAAUCGCAAAAUCAAAAAAAUCGCAUGUCAAAAAUUUAAUUUCCGACCAUUUUUGGAAUAUUGAAAGAAAUAAACUAUUUUUUGGGUUUGUGUAUGUUAUAUACUGAGACAAUUAUUCACCUCAGUGUCAGUGAAAAAUUGUCAACUCUGGAAACGGAACAAAUGAGAAUGUAAACCACUGACCAACGCGAUAAAACCAAAUAAUUAUUUUUCAUACCAUGAAAACCAGACCCAAGAGUGUUUACUUAAUGGAAAGAUUCAGUGCCUUCGUUUUUAAUGCCAUUGUUAUGGUCGACUAUCAUUGUGUCACCAUGAGCACAUAUGCACAUGUGUAAGUACUAACACCGGAAUCUACGGUAUCCAGUUUACGUUAUUCACUACGAAGUAUAACUGAAUUGCGAUAUUCAGAUAUUCUUUUUAAAAAACAUAAGCUGAUUUAUAACAAUGUUAGAGAUUCGGGUGGUGGGGGUCUUUCAUGUAAAUCGGUUAAGUUGCAUGAGUGACCUUUUUGUUGAAGUUUGAGCGAGAGAUUUUUGCGGCUGAAAGAAGAGGCGUCGGUCCACUUAGACAUUGCAGUUGAAACCCAGUUGUCGCAAAUUCCAAUAUUCUCAUAGACUGCCAGGCACUGAAUUAUUAGUGUUGGCGUUACCAAAAUCUAAUGAUAAAGAUUAUUCUAUGAGCUAAUCAAGACAACAUCCCUAUCAUUUAUCCUAAGGGACACCCUGAUUUAACGUUGUAUAGGGAGUGGGGCGGGUCUGGUAACUCUGUAACGGUAACGGGCUGAGAUGUUGGUGGUGUUAUUCUUGGUUCUUUCGUGCUAUGAAACCUAAAUGAAUGCAGCUGACUAUACUCCUCUUUAACAUGUUUCAUUUCAGCUUUCACAGGCAAAGUUAUUUCCAUAAAUGAAACCGGUCGCCCUGACAACCCGUACGUGACCGCGCGAGUGCAAGUGACCAGACUUAUUAAGGAAGAUGAGAGCCGUUCUCUUUCACUAAAGGUUAUGCAAUUCUAUGGCGGAAAUCGGAGGUGCCCCACAAGAGGCACUUACGCUUGCUAUAGGGAAGGGGGAGAAUUUGGCUUCUUUGGUCACGAUAACAUGGUACAAGGAUUGACAAUAAGCUUUAGCCUGACACUACCGGAUGAACAAUUUCUCUUGGACAUAGUGGAAACAUUGUGGAGGACGAAAUACAAGGUAACGCCUGAAGUUCAGUUUAGUUUAAAAGACCCAUUUUCGAUUACGGUAUUACGGUACGCUUCGAUCUGAUUGGUCGUUGUGAUUACUUUGGCCUCGGUUUAAAGACGUUUAAUUGCAAAGCAGUCUAAUUUGGCAACUGUAAGUUCACUUUGAUUGCUCAAGAUGACAAACUCAGGGGCAACUGAGAUAACACGGGACUUUUUCCGCUAAUUAUAACACACUCAACAAUGUCGACAAAUUAACAACGAAAAUUUUGAAAUGGCUUAUAUCCCAUCCACACCAGGCAAAAAUGUUAAGGUUAUUCGAGUUUUUCUGAAAGAAAAUCAUACACAGAGAACUGAAAAACUGAAUUUUCCAUAAGAUUCAAGUAAUCACUCUCUACCUUGUAUUUUUAACAUGCUAAAUUUGGAGUCGAAAAACAUUGGUUGAAGCAGCUUCUAUGAGGAUAACAAAUUAAAAAAAAAUAGCCCUAUAACAUGUUUAAGCUGUGGCGUGAAAGGGGCAUUAAACUAUAUUCCAGCCCUAUGCGGCAGUGGAAGGGGGAUUUGAGUAGAUGCAAAUGGAAGGAGAAUGUAAAAAACUCCUGUUAAGCUAACUGCAUCUUGGUACUUUUUUAGGCUGAACUGGCGGAAAUUUUAAAACAAAGACGCAUAGAGGAAGAGAUAAAGAGGAAGAAGGAGCAGAAGAAGCUGGAACAAAGGAGAAAAAACCAAAGGAAGAAGCCGAAGAAGAGCAAGGAGCAGAGGAAGCUGGAAAUGAUUAUUUUGACAGCUUCGGGCAGGCAACAGCAUCAAGAUGGCGGAUGAAGCUGAUACUUGCGCAACUUCAGAGGACCCAGUCUACUAUUUCUUAACCUUUUUUAGAAAAAAAAUUUAUCGCCGGGGGCAGGGGUGUUCAGUGACAAUAACAUUGAUUUACACACAACGGUGGGUUAUGUGCAAUCGUUAAUGUUGAAACUCUAUGCAGGUAAUUGUAAUAUAGUUUAAAUUAUAAAAGAAACACUCAAUAUCCUAUAAUCCCCCUUAAUACUCAGUUAAAGACCACUGAUCCCCCCACCGUUCUCCCUUAAAACCAUGUAAUUCUCCAAAUCCUCCGA